ACAGUUGCAAUUGCAAAGAGAGUGACAGUACCAAACCCUCUCUUCCAAAAUUCUCACCGAAGCUGGAGACCUCUGUCUUCCACAUUCUAUCUCCUUAAAUGUGUCUGCAUUUCCCAAAUUUAACACAACCUUAGUAUUUACCGAAAUCAUUUGAGCAGAGAAAAAUAAAACCCCCUUUUUUUAUGCUCCGACAAAUCAAAACAAUACUUGGUACGCAGAGCAUCGAAAUAACUCAGUCACCAAUUUAGCAGCCCAUCUGAAGGAGCAAUCAUGUCUUCUUCUGGGUUCAGUUCCUCUUUCUUGUUUCUUCUGCUGCUGCUGUUUUUGGCUAAUGUGUUCAGUCACAGUGAAGCAAGCAUUGCUCAAGCAAAUGGGUCACUGGUGGAGGCAGAAGAGCUGGUACCAUUGUUGGGGCAAAAGAAGGUGGAAAUGGUGUUGAAUGGGAGCAGGAGGAAAUUGGGGGGCUUCCAGAUAUGUGCACUGUGCACUUGCUGUGGAGGUUCCAGGGGAGUGUGUGUGCCAUCUCCCUGUUGCUAUGCCAUUAAUUGCAACAUUCCAAACAGGCCCUAUGGUUUCUGCUCUUUCACUCCCAAGACCUGUAAUUGCUUUGGAUGCCAUAUCUAGUCUAAGUCUCUCUCUUUCUCUUUCUUAAUACAAUUUAGCUUCUUCAAAUUGGGGAUUUAGCUUCUUCAAAUUGGGGUCCAUCUUGAUUAAAGUGUGGAUGGGCAGUAGAAUAUAUGUUCUUAGAUUUAUUUGUUACCGCUAUAAAUUAUAAAAUUAUUACUGUUGAAUUAGGAUUGGCAUACCCAGGUAAGGUGUUUUUUUUUUUGCUAUUUCCAGUUGGAACUGUCCAUAUAAUUUAUUUAUUUUUUUCAGGAAGUAGCAAAUAGCAAUGCCUGGCCAUUGCAAUGCUAGGAGUAUUGUUAUAUUUGUAUUUCUGUAGACAAUUGUGAUUUAUUUAUGAAGCUGUUUGGUAUGAUGUUGAUCUC